GAUGAUGAUGAUACAGAUGAUGUCGAGACAGAAGAGGGUAAUCCGGUGGAACGUUCGGUCUUGGUGAUUUUUGAGAAAUUUCUACGAGAAACUCGAGCCGGACAUUUAAAGGUACUGAAAGUUUUGGAGCUCCGUGUUAAAUUAGCUCCAGUUAUGCGUCAGUUCUUUUAG